AUGGAGAGUGGAGAAGAACAAGUUCCCGGCAGCCCUGACCAACAUCCACCAUACAGGGGUCAUCAGUAUGUACAACAGCAGCUUGUGGAUGUGUCGGUGAUGCCUGCGCCGCCCAGGGUUGAGAUGCCACCAUUGAAUUCUCAGCAGAGCGAGAUCGUGGAUUCGCAGCAAAACGAAAGCGAAAGCAACCACAAUGCUGAAGUCUCCCGUGAGACACAGGAUGAGCCAAUGACACAGGAUGAGCCAAUGACACAGGACACUGACGCUACACAAACCAAGAAGAAAAGGAACAGGUUCCGCUACAACAACAUGCCUCUGCUUGCUGGCGGCGAUUUCUACAUCAAGGAGCAGUACCGGGGCGAAUUCAAAACAAAAUUCCCAAACGGGCUGAAACUUCGCGGCAAGGUUACUGCAUGUCCCAAAGCAGCCAAUGGAAACCUUUACAGCAUCAACUGGACCAUACCAAUCGGUGAAGACCUACCCAUAGCUUGGGUGGAAAGGGCAUUCCCAAAGACCAAGGCGUCGCAGUUGCAAGAAGCGAUCAAAGCUUUCAAGAGAGACCAAGAAGAACAUCCUGAACAGAACAUUGGGCGUGAUUCGAACGUACAACAAAGGGCACCUAUGCAACUGGAAGAAUCCACUCCCACUUCGAUUCUUGCUGCUACUGGAUUGGCUGCUUUGCGAGCUACCACCACGGUGAGUUCACUCUCUAGCGGUAGUGCAAGAGGUGGUGGUUCUUCUAUCAGAACAGGACGUUCUGGUUCUUCGGAACAGUCAAGCUUGCGCAGACGUCACACCAGAGCCAAUCCCAGUGCUGGUUACGAAUCUGCCUCGGAUGAUGGGGAUGACGUUGAUGAGACAGGAGGCGAGUACAUCACCAUUCCCGAAGGAGCGAUUGACGAGGAAGAGAUUGAGAGUGACGUUGACGAGGAACUGGAAGGCAAUAACGAAGAAGAAGAGAAGGAAAAUUCUGAUGACAGUGAUGAGGAACAAGAAGAGAUCCCACCGGAAGCCAAGGAUCUGAAGCAGAAGAUCGAAGAUCUUCUGUUCGUAUGGGAGGAGUGCGAUCCGUCUGAUAAGACUUUAGAUGUGUCGGACCUGUCGGAUGCUACAACGCAGUUGAGGAGAGGAGUUUCUGGCAAAUUUGCCACACCCCUGGAGUGUCUGGCGGUGACUACAGGACUGAACAAAGAAUUUGUUGCACGGCUUGCCCGUAAGUCCAACCAUUAUGGUGAUAACAUGGUAAAGGGAUUGCCCAAUCGACGCUAUCAUGGACAGAAGUGGCGUCCCAUCUCUAUCACGGAGAUGUAUCACUUCUUGGGGAUCAUGCUCAAGAUUUCCUUGUCACCCGUGGAUGGCGGUGGAUAUACGGCAUACUUUAGCCCUGAAGAACGGGGCAUUCUCUUUGAUCGUUCAAUGGCACCGCGAAAGAUCAAGGGAUCAACUGGGUUUGCUGGCGGAGUGAUGCCUCUCACAAGGUUCCGGCAGAUUCGUGGAGCAUUCCACCCGGAAGAAAAGGUUGAAAAGGACCGCGACAAGUGUUAUCAGCUUCGCCAUGCGAUAUGCACCUUCAACACUUAUGCUAGGAACACAUUUGUUGUUGGCAGGGAUCUUUCGUUCGAUGAGGGUGGGAUUGCCACUCGUUCAAAGUAUUGUCCAGUGCGCCAAUACAACAAAAGCAAACCCAAGAAGUUUCGUGUCGAUCUUUUCAUCCUGUCAUGUGCUACUCGCUUCUGCAUCUUUCAUUUGGAUGUCUAUCAAGGCAAGAACAAGCACAACGUUGGCAUUCACAAGGAUCUGGUUUGCUUGCCCACUACGCAGAAAGCACCAAUGAAUGCAAUCUACAGUCUGCGCUUGCAUCUUGACACGAACGCUGCUCCACGACACAUGGCGCUGGACAAUCGCUACAUGGCACCACAAUUAGCUGUUCUGCUCCGGGAACAUGCGAAUAUCAUCGCCACUGGCACUUGCAAGGCUGGACGAAAGGGUUGGAAGAAGGAUCUCAUGACAUUAACCAAGAAAACUGAUCGUGGGAGCUACAAAAUGUUCGUGGACAAGACCAACAAAGUACUUGCUAUUCAGUGGAACGAUUCCAGAAUCGUCAACGUUGUGAGUACGUUGGGAGACACUACCAUUGUAGAAGUGAAGCGACAACUUGGACCCAAAGCGGUGACCUUGCCAUGUCCUUAUCCAGUAAGGAAGUAUCAGCGGACCAUGGGCGGUGUGGACAGAGGAGAUCAGUUGCGUGCACAUGGUGGUGGAUUUGGCAAUAAGGCUCACUUCAAAAAAUGGUACAAGAAGAUCUAUCUUGGUCUUCUAGACUGUUAUCUUUUGAACGCCUUUGUUGCUUGGAAUAUGGCGGCCCGGGAGAGUGUACGUUCAACAAAACAAGAGCUGAAACGCUACGAAUUCUACACAAUUGUUGCAGAAGAAAUGAUGCUGUACGUAGACGAAGACGAAGAUGGGGAAGACGCAAUAACUACCAACAACGUUGCAAGUAACCUCGACAAUCGAUUCAAGAAAGCCGCACACCGAGCCACUACUUUGGUGGGAGGCAGAAGAGGCGUCAAGUGCGCAGUAUGUCGGUUGGAGAACAACAUGGCAGCGAAUAUCAACGAAAAAGGCUUGGCAAAGAAUGUCUUUGGGUGCACAGAUUGUCCCAUACCGGCACACAACCACGUGCCUGGUGAGUCUGAAUGGAAUGGACGACAAAUCUUCAAACGUCCGGAGUUUGCUGGCUUGACCUGCCACGAGAUCGUCCACAGCGCUGAAGGAAUGGGUUUAUGGAAAGUGCACAACAAAAAAGUCGGAAAGGGUGAGCCCGCCUUCACUCCACUGACAACCAACCCAAUCUACCAGGAUCUUUUGUUCUUCCACAGGGGACAUCGAACGCGCAAACGCAAACGCAAUAAUGAGGGUGAUGCUGACGACGAAACUGAGAAGAACAAACGCAAUAAUGAGGGUGAAGAUGCUGACGACGAAGCUGACAACAAUUCGCAAGUGCUAACACAAGAGCAGGAUUCAGAAGACGAAGACGACCGCGACAAGCAAGCUCAGAUUGAGAUGCUCCGUGGCGAAGCUGGAGCCAAUUUCGAACAGAUGUAA